AUGGACUCCAUUUUCAAUCUUGAAGAAGCCGAAAGAUCUACUUUGCUUCGAAAAAUCAUCCAAUCUUGCGGUUUCACUUACAUUUGCCUUUGGUCUCACUUUCCCCAUCAUUCCAAUUGCUUGAUCUUCAUUGAUGGAGUUUACAAAGAGGAAAACAAUCAAGCAAACUCACCAUCUGUGAGUCUUGCCAUGAGAUCUUUUCUUGACUAUAAGAAGUCAGUGUUCUUGAUGGAUAAUUACAAGCGAGUUCCAGGGUUUGCAUUCAUGCACAAUCUUGCAUACACGGAGCAUACAGGGUUGGAGCUUUUAGAAAUGGCAUCAAGUUCAGCACAACUACAGUUUUAUCAAGAAGCUGGGAUUAAGACCGCAAUUUUUAUGGGGUGCAAGAAUGGAGAGAUUGAACUUGGCAUGUCCAAUGGCUCAUCCCAAGUUAACGAUGAAUUCGAGUUAAAGAAGUUGUUUCCUGGUGAUUUCCCACAAGAAGUGCUUCCCCAACCACUUGAUCAAGCUAGACCUUCAUCUUCAUCAUCAUCUUUAAGAUCAUUGUCAAUGGAAAACAACGUAGAUUGUCCGCCUUUUCUCUUCAACAUGCUUCAUACAUCUUCUUAUAUGCCAGAAAUAUCUUGUUUCAAUGAACCAUUUUCAAAUCAGCAAAUGCCAAAUCAAACACCAUCUUUUUCAACAAUGGGAUCAAAAGAUCCUCUUCAACAAGCUCUAAUUCAAUUUAGAGCUAAUCAAUUGAUACCUUCAAGGGAACAUGAAGAAGCUGCAAUCACAAGAGCAAUUCUUGCAGUCAUUUCUCCUCCUCCUCCUCCUCCUUCCUCACACCAGCUUCAAGCUUUGCAAGCUGCUAGCGUAUUUAAGAGAUAUCAACCAUAUUUAGGACCUAAACGAGUUCACAAUCGACAAAAUCUCAAGAGGAGACUACAUUUAUUCUAUAAAAAUCUUCGUGAAGUGCGAGACCAACAAGAAGAUCUAAUGAUCCAUACAACCCGAUCAACAAGCAAUCAACUUCAACACAUGAUAUCAGAGCGAAAAAGACGAGAAAAACUUAAUGAAAACUUUCAAGCUUUGAGAUCACUACUUCCUCCAGGGUCCAAGAAGGAUAAGUCAUCGGUGUUAUCAAACAUAAAGGAGUACAUAGUUUCUUUGAAAUCUCAAGUUGAGGAGCUUAAUAAAAGAAACAAGAUUUUGGAGGCUGAGCAUUCAAGGAAACAAAUACUUAACCAAGAUUUUGGUGGCUUUUCCGAUGAGAGACUAAACGUUCGAAUCAUCGAUUUCAAUGAAUCAACUUUGGACUCACGAAAUGUUAACUUGGAGGUGAAUGUAAGUGGGAAUUUGAUAAUUAGCGAUUUGGUGGUUCGGGUAUUGGAGUUCAUGAAUCAAGUCGAGAAUGUAACUGUAAUGUCAAUAGACGCUGGGACACGAACGUUGGAGACACAAGUUAUCAUGAAUCAGGUUGUUCUGAGAUUGAUAAUUCAGGUAAAUUUUCAAAGCAAACAUAUCAAUCAUUCUUGUAAAACAUACAAAAUAUAA